GAGGAAGUGAUUCACGAAUCGGCCACUGAUGCCUAGAAUGAGAAUAGGGUACUCCUACAAUGGAUGACAGGAAGCAAGUGCAGGCAAAUCGAGUCAGUCUUUCAUCUGGAGAAUGAGAAUGAGAAUGAGAGUGAGUGAUACAGGAAUAUAUCCACUCCGUCAUUCCUCUCGCAACUGAAGCAAGUAAGUACUGUCUGCACCAGCGUCCAAAGUAUGUGCCAGUAAGUGAGUGGGUGGUGUAGGCACAGUGUGUCGGAAUAUACCAAAAUAUCGUACAAUGUUCCUCUCCCGUCGAGGUCUGAUUGUGAUGUGAAAUUGUGGGAUGGAUGAUAUGGGAUGGAAUGGGAUGGGAUCUGGGAAGAAGCAGUGACAGGGGACAAUAUUGGAGUGCUGCUUUUACCUCGGGGAAGAAGAAGCAGCAGCAGCAGAUGAUGAUUUCCCAGCCCCCGCCAUCUCCUUUUCCAGAAAUCCACACCACAUCCAAGCAUCCACCAUCCACCAUCCACCAUCCACAUCUUGGCCAGCUCGUGUCCCUCGUCGCUCACCCCUCUGCAACCCCCCAUGUCGAUGGAACUAAUCCCUUCUCGGCCCAUCCCACUAAAAGUAAAGCCACACACUCUGCGGCCACUCUUGAGGCCCCCGUCAGUCCAGUGCAGUCCAGUCGCUCGCUCUCUGCCACCCUUCCCUUCUGCUCAUUUUCUCGUCCCUCCUCCAUUUCCCUCCCUCGUUCCCCCCUUCAUUCUUUCGUUCCCCUCUCUCAUAAACUACUUCACCCCUCACUCUCAUCAACGACGAGAUCCCUCUCUGUCCAUCGACGACGACGACGACGACGAUACCUAAUACUCAUCAACACCAUUAACAACAUCAUCUGCUGGCGACGCACAUUCCGCCACCCUAAUCCAACCCCCCAUCCAUCUUCCGUCGAACGCGACUGCGCAGUUCUUGCCCACCCCAGGCGAGAUCUCCCCGUCGCGCAUACUGGCCGCUGCCACCAUUAUACCCACCACCAUACAAUCGAUGACAAUAGAACGAAAACAAAUGAACACUACAUCGUCAAGCACUCAAGUCACACUUUAAACCCUACGCCCACGCGCGCGCGAGUCGGACGAUUUCAACCAUCGCUCGAAGGAAGGAAAAGGAGACGCAGAGGAAGGAGAAUAACAAGACAAGCAUCAACCGCCACGACAACCUUCACCCAAAAUGCCUGUCGCAAGCAUGACCGUCCUGCCCACGGCUGCAGCAUCGUCCUCCAUGAGGAAAUCGUCGCUGGCCCCGGAGAAGAAGUACAAAUGUCAGUUCUGUAAUCGAGCUUUCAGCAGGAGUGAACACCGCAGCAGACACGAGAGAUCACGUAAGUUGUCACCACUAUUUGUUGUUCCUUGAUGCAUCUGAUGCAUCGCACUUCCCCUUCCCCUCCUUUUUUCCCACGGGUCG